UCUUCUGACCCCAAAAAAACCCAAAGUUGCCACUUUCCCCACACGUGAUGGUGUCUUAUUUAGAUUUUUUUGGGUAAAACUCAAAUUUCAUCAAAGAAUCAUUCUUUAGGAAAGUGCUGUUGAGUUGACUUACGAGCUGUAAAAGUGUUGAAGUUUACUUCUUGGAAUCUGGCGCAGUAGUCUCUUCCGUGCAUCAUCUUCCUUGACACUUAUUUUCAUUUUUAUUUUUAAACUUGUGCUCUUUGACGAACAGAGUUGGAUAUGUUAAAUGGAUCUCAAGCUAUUCACCAUUCACUAUUUUGGUAUUAUUGUUACCAUUAACAUCUUCAUUCUUCAAUUCAAAGCCUUCAAAAGUUUGGCGAGCAUCAGUCAAAGACAUUUCUUUUCCCUAAAUGAAUCUUGAUUUAAUCUGUGAAGGAUAUUUCGUCUCAAUUGUUUGCUGAUUGAGUGUGCUCCUUGAAUCAAUUGCCUCACAGAGUCUCUAGAUGAACAGUUGGAAAAGUCAGUAAAGUUCGGUGAGAAUGUGUUCCCAAUGAUCAGAAAUAAGGUUAAGGAACCUCUAACAUCUCAUUGAUCAGUGGGAAUCCUUCUGUGGGAAUGUGUAUUUAUUUGACAAAAUACAAGUAGAAUUUGGUAGCAUACGGUUUUGAGUAGCAAUGGAUGCUCUGCAAGUUAUUGCUUCUGCAACACAGAUAGUUUCAAGCAUGGUAAGUGCUAUAUCUGCAUUAGACCAAGCGUCUAGAAAUUUCGAUGAAGCUCCAAAGAGAAUUCGGAGCUUAGAGAAAUUUGUCUGUGAUCUUGAAAACUUGAGUCACCGAAUUAAGCAAAAACAUGUCAACAAGCUUCAUAAUCCUCAAUUAGAUUACCAAAUCCAAAGCUUGAAUUCCCUGAUAGAACGCCUACAUCCAAAUAUCAGCAAGGCCAGGAGAAUGGUGUCAAAAAAUAAGGUUAAGAACAUAGCUAAGGUAGUUUGGACGUCUAUGGCUGGAGAUCCACUUGAGAGACUAGUAAACUCAAUAAGGGAUGACUUGAAUUGGUGGCUUGAAUCUCAAACAAUGGUUCACCAUGUUGAGAAAGCAAUAGAAUCAACUGCACAAGACACCUCAGUUCAACUGAAAAUCAAGACUGAACAAGGCUACCCAGUUUCGAGUAAAUGUUAUUUUGUGAGGAAUUUACUGGAACAAGAUGGUUCUCAUCGAGUCAUUCUAAUUGUUGGUCUAUCUGGUAUUGGGAAGUCUUUUUUGGCUCGCCAAGUAGCUUCUGAUCCUCCAGAGAAAUUCAUGGAUGGUGCAGUUGAACUUGCUUUUGGCCAAUGGUGCAGUAGAGCUGCUUGCAACAGAAAUAUAGGUGAAUACCAGAGGCGCUUGGCAAGAAAACUGUGUAAAUUUCUGGUGCAGAUCGGAUUUUGGAAGAAGAUUAAGGAUGAAUGUUCUGGAGACCUUGAAUAUAUUGGUUGUUUGCUUCAACAAGCCUUGUAUGGGAAGAGCAUUCUUAUUCUUCUCGAUGAUGUAUGGGAGCAGGAUAUCAUUGAUAGAUUUGCAAAGUUAUAUGAUAAUGAUUGCAAGUACCUUGUCACAACAAGAAAUGAAGCUGUCUAUGAAAUAACAGAAGCUGAAAAGGUGGAACUAAGCAAAGACGACAUAAAGGAGAUAAGCAUGGAAAUUCUUCUCUACCAUAGCCUCCUAAGCAAAGAAGAGUUACCGCAUGUAGCAGAAAGCUUACUAGAGCGUUGUGGCCACCACCCUCUGACAGUUGCUGUUAUGGGUAAGGCUCUCAGAAAAGAAAUGAGAGCUGAUAAAUGGGCACAGGCCAUCACCAACUUAUCCACCUUCGCUACAUGUGCACCCGGUCCUGUAUCAUAUGUGAACGAAAAAGAAGCUGAGAAUGCAGUAACCAUUUUUGGGUCCUUUGAGUUCAGUCUAGAUGCAAUGCCUGGAGACUCUCGAAAGCUCUUCAUUGCUCUGUCGGCUCUUUCAUGGGUAGAACCUGUACCAGAAGCUUGUGUUGAGGCUGUCUGGUCAGUUCUUGGGCAGGAGACCUUGUUCCCUCUCAUAGUAUGCAAGCUUGUUGAAGGCUCUUUGCUGAUGAAAAUCGAUACAGAUCCCUUAUACUUGGUACAUGACAUGGUUGCUCUGUACCUUGGUAGCAAGACAAACGAUUCGGUGGAGAUACUACUAAAUGAAUCCACACCUGAAGAAACUGCAUUUAUCUGCCCUUGGCUUCUUAUAUUUGGGAAAGAGAAAGUAAAAAGUUUUGCUGAAAAGAAAAUAGAGCAUUUCCUCAAUGCUUUUGAGGAAAAGCAGGUGAUUAUCACAUUAAAGGCCUCUAUUCAGGCUCUAAUGGCUAGCAAAUCCAUUUCCGAACUCGAAGAAAGUAGAGCAAGCUUUAGUAGCUUAUUGGGUCCUUGGACCGCAGACCUGAUCUCUACAGAAUCAGAGAGUCUGAUUGCUGUAUCUGCACAAGCCAUCACCACUGUAUUUAGCAAGACUGAUUAUUGCAAUUAUUUUCCAUCCCUUGAAACUACUGGUGCAGUCAGCAAGUUGGCAAUAAUCUUAGAAACUUGUGAGGACCCUUUGAUCCAAACAGAUAUUUCAAUUGUCCUCGCAAAGCUUGCAGAAUUCGGAAGCCCAAACACAGUCGAGAAGGUGCUCUGGAGCAUUCCAUUCAAUCGUUUGGCCAAUUUGCUCUCUCCAACUGCCGAGGAAUGGCAUGAGAGCAUGUUUACCAUAUUGAUGUCGUUAACCAAAUCUGGGAAAUCGAAAGCCAUCGAGAGACUGCUUGCUUUUGAGAUUGAUAAGAAUCUUCUUUUGCUCCUUGCGAAUGGAUCCGAAGUAGCUCAACAUCAUGCCAUAGUUGCAUUGAAGGCAUUUUAUGAGUUGGGAGGCCCUCAUGUGUUAAGGUCUCUUGAAACCACAAAUCUAAACGUUUUGCCAUGGCAAGCUAGACAUUAUUUGGAAAGAUUUGCUUUGAAAGAUCAAAAUGUGCCCCUUCUACCAAAGUCGCAAACUUUUGAAGAUGUCAUUCAUAAGGUACUAGACAGCAAUAACGAGAUGGUAUUGGAGGCAAUGCAAGAUCUCAUACCAAUUGUGGAGAAAGCAGGAGAACCAGGAAUCAGAGACAUGAUUACAAAAAGUCCACUAAUCAAACAGCUUUCCGAACUCUUGCAGCCCGGACAGUAUGAACAAAAUUCAAUGAUUUCUCAAUCUGCUUUUCUAUUGACGAAGCUAGCUUGCUCUGGCGGAGAACCCUGCAUUAAAAAGUUUCUAGAGUAUGAUAUUGUACCCAACCUAGUUAAGAUGAUGCAUUGCAGCAUUGCAGAGUUGCAGGAUGCAGCCUACACAGCACUACACCAGAUGCUUUUUGGCAGUGGUGGUGCUCUUGUUUUGAACCAAAUCCUUAAGAUGGGUCUUAUAGAGAGGAUGGUUCAAUCACUGGAGAGCAAAUCAAUGAAGACCCGGGAAGUGAACAUGCGGUGCUUCUUAGAUAUUGUGGAGCUCGGAAACAAAUCCUGCAUAGAACUCAUGUUUUCUUUGCUAGUGAUGGAGAAGCUUGUGAAAAUAGAAAAGGCUAGUGGGGGGUCUGGGGAAACCUUGCUUGGAUUUCUGAAGGGCAUAGAUAAGUGUAAGCACCUUUCUACGGCAGAGCGCAGAGUGAUGAAAAAGCAAGUGGUUAGGAAGAUAAGGGCUUCCCUUAAAGGCCAUAAAUUUGAAGGUCAGAUUUUAGGAGCUGUUGAUGCUUGUGUAUCUGAGGGCUCAAAAUCUGGUAGCAGCAGCAGUGGUAGCAGUAGUAGCAGUAGUCGUAGACACAAAAGGUCAUAACUUUGCAGCUUCUUCAGUGGAAAUUACAAGAUCUUGCAUUGAGACAUGUCAAUCAAAGCAUUUAGUUCAAUCCGGUCUCCGUCAGUUUUGAAAUGUAUUUAUAUGAUCGGCAGUCCGCUUUUCUCAAUUUGGACAAUGGCCUCGAUCCAACUGAAAGCCUGAUUGAAUCUCAGUAAAUUUGAAAUCCGAAUUCAACUAGAAUCUACAAAAUUAGAGCUCCUAGUUUUUAUCGAUUUCGUCUUUUGGCAUUGUGCCAUUGUUACUUUUUUAA